CCCCUUUACUGUGAGGGGUUUGUUCUCCGUGAACGUGUUUCUGGCAGAGUCAUGUCUCUCAGAGACUGAACCGAGUGAGUCGCACUGACACGGUGAAGUUACGUAGGGAACGUAGCUGUGGGCGGAUCUGCGCUAGCCAGUAGCAGCUAGCCAGUCGGGACAGGCUAGCAAUGACCGAUGGGAUUAUUCCUGCCGGUGUCUGGAUUCUCAUCCGCCGGACAUGAUUUCAUGGAGAGCACCAUACAAGACCUGAGCUGAUUUGUCAGCCUUGCGUAGAGUUGGUUUCACCCCUCAAGUGUCCUUUGGAUAUCAACGGUCCAUGGUUGUCUGAACAGAGGAUAACACAGUAAGAAAGCGUGGCACAGUGUGCGGUCAGUACAACACAGCAGGGCUCCACCGAGAGAAGAGCGGAGAUCAACCAACAAGUGAAGAGGAAAAGCUCAUUUGAACACAACAUGUCUCAGAACAGAGAACUGGUGGUUUACUACAUACAGUAUAAACUCUCCCAGAGGAACUAUCCUCUCAACCACAUGGGACUCAAUGAGCCUACAAACAGGACUGACAGAGGGGAGACAGGCUCACGUGAGGAGCAGCAAACAGCGACGCACGCCAACGGAACUUUAAAUGGCAUGAAUCCCGGGACCCCUCCAGAUUCCCCGCUGCGGCAGGAAAGGUUGCCAUCAACGGCGGGUCUUGACGCAGUGAAAGAGGCCCUCCGAGACUCGACCAAAGAGUUUGAGCUGCGAUAUGCCCGCGCCUUCAGCGAUCUGCACAACCAGCUGCACAUCACGCCGGCCACAGCUUACCAAAGCUUUGAGAGCGUGAUGGACGAGGUGUUCCGGGACGGCGUCAACUGGGGCCGCAUCAUAGGGCUUUUUGCAUUCGGCGGGGCGCUAAGUGUAGAGUGUGUGGAGAAGGAGAUGAGUCCGCUGGUGGGCAGGAUCACAGAGUGGAUGACAGUCUACCUGGACAACAACAUCCAGCCCUGGAUCCAGAGUCAAGGAGGAUGGGAGCACUUUGCUGAAAUCUUCGGGAACGACUCUGCGGCGGAGAGCAGGAAGUCCCAGGAGAGUUUCAAGAAGUGGCUGUUCGCAGGGAUGACCCUGGUGACCGGGGUGGUGGUUGGUUCCCUCAUAGCCCAAAAACGCAUGUGAGAGAAGAUGGACAACAACCUCUUUUAACACUCUUCUCCCAUGAUCCUCCCCACCUGCUACCUUCACUGCCCUGAUCGUACACCUCGCAAGUUCAAAUGAAGGUCCUGUUUGUCUCGUCAGAACUGCUGAAGAUGUUUACCUUUUGUUUUAUCCCCCCCCUCCUCACACAUCCCACAGUGGACUGAGAAUCCUCACAUGUUGUUGGACUUUUUGAGAAAAAGACCGGAGGGGGAAGGAGAUCGAGUAUUGCUGUUUCAUCUUAUUCCACCCUGAUAAAACAUGCGUGGAUAUACAGAGACAGGCCUAUUAUUCUUUCAUUCACUCAACCAAUUGUUCCCUCUGUUCCUUUUUCUCCACUUGUAUCAUUUUUGAUUUUGUAUGUAUGUAUGUAUGUAUUAGUUUUAACAAAUUUUUUUCCCAUCUUCAUCCUUGAAAAAAAGGCAAAGCCUGAUCUCAGCAUUCACAGUUCACCUGUCUGAUACAGAGUCGCUGGUUGUGUGGUCUCGGCCGCUCCCUGAGUCGUUUUGAAAACUUGCAGCUCUACAUUAGCUUUGUAUGUGCCAUAUGGAGAGUGGUGGCAGGGGGAGGAUGUAGCACCUGCCCAUGAAGAAGCUUCUGUAGUUCCCAUUUCCUGCCACCUUGCCAUUCAGAUCACACACACUCACAGCGCAACCCAGGACUUUCAACCAUUUUUGUAAUAAUGAUCUAAAUGAGUCCAACAGACUAGUUAGUUAACAGAACAUGAGAGUCUUACACUUAAAAGCUCAAUGGGAAAACUAAAUCCUCUGCUUGUUUGUGUUUGUUUGUGCGUUUGCUUUUGGAAUUUCUGAACCAUUAAAACCUGCUGAUCUGUGCUUAAUGGUCAUACUUGGCCGCCAUUCGAUCCUGCCAGAGCUCUGUCUGUGUGUGAGAGUGAGAAUCAGCAUUUAUCCAAGCAGAGCACCACGGCUCAGACCCACCAUGUUUGUUACGCAGUAGCUAAAGAAUGCAGCAAGUACUGUAGCAACACACACAAGAGACAGAACCCCCACCCCUCUCACUCCAUUUAGCUUUCAUAGACAAUACCAAACUAUUCAUUAAAGGUUGACACCACGCUGUAAUGUAAUUGCAAGCAGAUAUAAGAACAAUUCAAAAUUGUGAUGCUUUUGUCACCAAUCUCUGCCUUUUCUUGUUACCUAUUGGGUUAUUUGAACAUUUUAUUUAAGAUUAACAUCUUAAUGAGACAUCUGUAGUAAGCAGAUAUAAUAUCAAUCGUUGUAUUGUGUAUUAUAUUGUCAGACAUUCAUUAUCUGCUCAUACACCAAUUAUGGAAGCUUCAAAGGACCUGUAACUGUUGGAAAAAUAACAUUUUAUUAAACUCUCUCCGUCUUGUUACAUUAUAAAGUAGAAUAACUAUUAAAUUUCAAGCUCAAAUAACAAAUUUCUACUUUUUAAAGCUUUUCACAUGUCUUUUCUCUCUUUAUAUAACUAUAAACUGAAUUUGACUGUGACAGGCAUUUGUCACUGUUGACAUGUUGCAGACCAAACCAGUAAUUAGUGAGGACAUGACCAUUAAUUGCAGCCCCAGUUGUUUCUAUACACUGUUCCAUAGGGCGGAGGGGUUUAAAAAAAAUUUCAUUGAUCAUUUUGCAAUACUAAUGUUAUGCAAUGUUAAAACAGAAAACCUUUUGGCGUUUUUUUCUGCUAAUCCAUUAAUCAUUCCUUAUUCUUCAUCCGUCUCAUCAUCUAAGCACCAGAGUAAAGAUGUAUUAAGCAAACGGAUGGAGCAGCUGCUUCCAGGAGACAAUGCAGUUCUGCAUGUGAUUUGAUUUGAGUUAAAUGUGACAAGAAAUGUGUCAUAAUGUGUCUGUUCCACAUUUUAAGAAAAUCAGCAACUGUCAGGGGCUGUAGGAGCGUGAUGCUACACACCCAAACUUUCAUAUCUCAUCUCACACACUCAUUCAGUCCAGCCCCUCCACGUCUCCACCUUCUCCUCCCCAGACAGCAAAUCUGUCUAAUCUCCGUCCGUCUCUCCUCCUCUUUUCCCGCUCCAUGUAGCCCCACCUCUUCCUCUGUGGUCCCCCAGCUGUCACUGCACCUAGUCACGUGUGUCAGUCACAGCUGGCCCACCUGCUGCUUCACACACAUACACACACGCGUGUAACAUACACACCUGCCAGUCACAUGUAGUCCAGGAGAGAUGGGGGAAGAAGACCUUGUCUUUGUUUCUAAACAUCCUUCCAUCUCUAAUUCGAAGCUGGAGGAGUGUGUGUCGUCUGGGGUUUCACACACUGACAACUGUCAGCUCGGCUAAUUUAAUGGGAAGGGAGAGAAAAGGGUAUGUGUGAGAUCCUAUUCCAAACACUGCCUCCAGCUAACAACACUAUGUCCUGGUGUAAUGAAACACAAUACAGGUUUUUCAUCAGAACUCAGAAAAAAUAUAAAAGAAGAAAUCAGGAUUAACAGGUGAAACACGCAUCACUCCACUGUCAGUGCAGCUGUGCCUCCAUCAUCUCUUUCCAUCCGUGUGGACUUCUGCUCUCUUUAUCUUCAAAGUACCAUGUAACUAUUAUGAAUAAGUUUCACUAAAAUAGAGUAAAAGACACACAAAUAUGACCCUGCAUCGACUGUUGAUGAUUCUCCCUUUGUAAAUGCUUGUGUCCUGAGCAUCUUGUGAGCCAAUGUCUGCUCUCAUACAUUCCAGUCCAGCAUAUAUACAGUACAUGAAUAUUCUAUAUUUUUCUAAUGUGUGCCCCGCCAAGAAGCUGCUCGUAGGCUUUCCUCUGCUGAACAGGCUCUCAAACCAGUUCCGUUCCUAAACAUAUCGUGUGUGUGUGUGUGUGUGUGUGUGUAUGCGUGUGUACAUCUUUCUGUCUAGCAAAAUGUACCUGAAGGAGGCACAAAUGAAGGUAGCGUGACGGCAUUGGCACAACCCUAUACAUAUAUAUGUGUGUAUAUAUAUAUAUAUAUACAUAUAUAUAUAUAUAUAUAUGCUAGCUAUUUAAACUGAUUAGAAUAGUUCAUUAGCUUAGCCACGUAUUUAAGAAAAACUGAACCGAUAGCUUUUAAACAUUAUUUAUAUUUGGUGUAAAAAACAUAGUUACGCCUCUUCAAAUGGCCUUAAACUCCCUCUUUGCGUUGAUGUGCAUCGUCCUUCAUUGUGUUUUUGUUCUUUAGGAUUAUUUAACUGCUACUAGACAGAAAAACGCAGACAAAGCAAGAGGAUAUUUCCAAAAAGUCCGGUCUCUGGUGCAUCUUUGUAGAGUACAGAAUCCGAGAUUGCAACCAUGUCCAGUCGUGUGUCUGUAUGUAUUAGAAUGGCACUGUAAAAUUGUAAACUGCAUUGAACUCAAUAAAGCCCAUGUUGGAAGAUA